CAGGAAAGCUAGUGCGAAGCAUGGGAAUUGAGCAAUUUGAGAUCUUGAAGAGCCUUGGGGAGGGUGCUUUUGCCAGCGUCCACAAGGUGACACGAUUGGUUGAUGGUAAAACGUAUGCAUUGAAAAAGGUCGACGUGAGCUCUUUAGAUGACAAGGAACUUCUUUCUGCAUUGAAUGAGAUCCGCCUUCUUGCAUCCUUCGGACAUCCUCGUAUUGUGCGGCUUCACGAGACCUUCAUGGAUGGGAAUAACUUGUGCAUUGUCAUGGAGUAUUGUGGGUGGGGUGACCUGGCGAUGAAGAUCAAGCGAUAUGUGAAACGCAGGGAGUACAUCGAUGAGCGCGUCAUCUGGGUCUACAUGAUCCAGAUCUUGGAGGGCCUGAAAGCUCUCCACGAGCGCAACGUCCUCCACCGUGACCUAAAACCCGCCAACUGCUUCCUGGCGGAGGACGGCUCUAUCAAGAUAGGGGACAUGAACGUUUCCAAAGUCAUGAAGGACGGCAACGCCAAGACACAGAUCGGGACGCCUUACUAUAUGAGCCCCGAAAUCUGGGCCCGCCGCCCUUACAACCAUGCCACUGACAUUUGGUCUCUUGGCUGCCUUAUUUAUGAGCUGUGUGCUCUGCGUCCUCCCUUUCUUGGCAACAAUAUGAGCGAACUUAAAACGGCCGUGCUGGGAGGCAAUUUCAACCCCGUCCCCUCUGUUUACUCGAAGGAUUUGGGGUCUGUCAUUGCGCGAAUGCUUCUUGCUGCUGCCAGGGAUCGUCCUUCCGCUGCCGAGGCUUUAGCCUAUCCGGAGGUUAACGCACGCAAAUGUCUGGUUAAGAAUGUUCUGCGCGAGGAGGAGCUGUACACGAAGGGAGGAGUGGGCGGAUACGGAGCUGAGGACGCGCUGAUGCCUACAAUUCACAUAGGUUCCCUACGUGAGCUCGGUGUUAAGCUUCCAGGGCCUUCCUACCCCUCCGAUGGCCCUCCCACUCCCACAACACCCAUCAUGUUGGCCCAUGAUGCCUCUCCUGUCAACGAGAAGGCGACGCUCGCCAGUCCCAUCCACCAUCGCCAAAAACAUGAACAGGAAUUUCCCGCGUCCGGAAGCCCUUCCCAUCACCGUCGAGCUGGCCUUCCCGGCGCGAAAAGUGAAAGUCACUCCCCCUUGUCUCCUUCUAUACCUCCAAUAGAUAAGGGGCGACAGCAAUCUCCUGGUGUGGGAAGUCUUGACAGAGACUUGAGCGGCGCAAAAGAGCGCGGUUCGGCUUCUUACCCGCAGGAUCGUCGUCGGGUCCCGACGCCCCCUCCCAAUGGCGCUCCCGCCAAGCCACUCCCCAUUGGCAGGAUUCCAAGUCAUGGAAAAGGUAGCAGCGCGGCCAGCAGCAGUCUGCCAGUCUUGAAAAUCAAGACAAGUAGUAGCGGCAGCGGCCACGUUACCCCAGUGGGAGGCGUCGGCGACGAAUACUCUAUGUUGCCGAGAACGGAGCAGAAAAAUAGCGUCCAAAAUGUGCUACAGGCGGUGCAGAAAGAGAUCUCGCGGCCUCCAUACUGAGCGUGAAAGAAGCAUAGUAAUGUCAAUACUCGUGAAAAUGUCUUGAAAACAUUGCAACUUUUCAUGUAAAGCAAUUCAUAGAGUAAAGCUUUCGAAGCAGGAAAAUGUAUUACAUGUUUGCAUUAACUGGGGACUUACAAAUACGAACGGGAAAGCGUCGAAAACAUAGAGCUGAGGGUGACAGAUCGUGAAAGCGUUACCGUCCGUACACUUUGUCACGUCCUCGAGCAAUAUGCCCUUGGGGAACGAAGUGUGCUAGUCGCAAGAAAAGUGAAUGCGGAGGAACAUGUCUUUGCGUGGUAGCUUAGAUGCAUGAGGUUCCUAGAGGGAAAAGAUGAAGAAAAGAAGCCUUUCUAAAUGCUCAACGCAGAAGUACGCCGAGCAUACCGCGGUCUGCGGUGAAACUGUAAAAACGUGUAUUAAUUUCACGAGGUCGUAAAGGGCAGCGACAUACAAAAGAGGAGAGCGAAACGUUGGUGCUACUGAAAUGUGGGUGUAGCAACGUUUCAUCUUUUUAGUCAUGACUGAAAUGUCGUUGAAAUGGGAAAUUUGGUGAGACGCAUGGGAAACUAAAAAUUACGAAUGGCAAUAACGGUAAUG